CUGUGACCUUGAGCUGCUCUAUAAAAGGGGUUUGACUGUAGUCAGAGACACUCCGUACUGCAGCCUCUGUCAAGGUCAAAAGUGUCUUAUCACCACCAGUCAGCAAAAAGCCUCAACUAACGCAGCGAGGAUGUCUGUGUUUGACAUAUCUGAGUUUGGGGAAGCAGCUUCCUUCCUCCGCAAAAGUGAUAGGGAGCUCAUGAAACUGCAAACCAUUGCAUUUGAUGGUAAGAAGAGAGCAUGGGUGUCUGAUGACAAGGAAGCCUAUACAGAGUGUGAAAUUCGGGAAACCGCUGGUGGCAAAGUCACCGUGGAGACAAAAGGAGGCAAAACUGUAAUAGUGAAGGAGGAUGACAUUCAGCAGAUGAAUCCCCCAAAGUUCGACAUGAUCGAGGACAUGGCUAUGCUGACGCAUCUCAAUGAGGCGUCCGUGCUUCACAACCUUCGUCGUCGCUAUGCCAACUGGAUGAUCUAUACAUAUUCUGGCUUGUUUUGUGUGACGGUGAAUCCAUAUAAAUGGUUGCCAGUGUACACUGCCCCUGUUGUUGCUGUCUACAAAGGGAAGCGUCGAUCAGAGGUCCCUCCCCAUAUCUAUGCGAUUGCCGACAAUGCCUAUAACGACAUGUUGCGAAAUCGAGAAAACCAGUCUAUGCUAAUUACCGGAGAAUCUGGUGCUGGCAAAACUGUAAACACGAAACGUGUGAUUCAGUACUUUGCCAUUGUUGCUGCGCUGGGGGAAGCAUCAGGCAAAAAAGGAGCACAAGGACCAGCUACAAAAACUGGGGGUACCCUUGAAGAUCAGAUUAUUGAAGCGAAUCCAGCAAUGGAAGCCUUUGGAAAUGCUAAGACUCUGAGAAAUGACAACUCCUCACGUUUUGGCAAAUUUAUAAGAAUUCAUUUUGGCCACACAGGCAAACUGGCUUCAGCAGACAUCGAUAUUUACCUUCUGGAAAAAUCCAGAGUAAUUUUCCAGCAGCCUGGUGAGAGGAGCUACCAUGUGUAUUACCAGAUCUUGUCAGGGAAGAAGCCUGAACUGCAAGACAUGCUUUUGGUGUCCAACAACCCCUAUGAUUACCACUUCUGCUCACAAGGUGUUACAACGGUGGAUAACCUAGAUGACGGGGAAGAACUCAUGGCAACAGAUCAUGCCAUGGACAUCCUUGGGUUCAGUUCUGAGGAGAAGUAUGGCUGCUACAAACUGGUCGGUUCCAUCAUGCACUUCGGAAAUAUGAAGUUUAAGCAGAAACAGAGAGAAGAGCAGGCAGAGGCUGAUGGUACUGAAAGUGCUGAUAAAGCUGCUUACCUGAUGGGAAUUAGCUCUGCAGAUCUUAUCAAGGGCCUGCUUCAUCCACGAGUAAAAGUUGGAAAUGAGUACGUGACCAAAGGUCAAAAUGUUGAGCAGGUCAAUUAUGCAGUGGGCGCAUUAGCAAAAGCUACCUACGAUCGCAUGUUCAAGUGGCUGGUCACUCGUAUCAACAGGACACUGGACACAAAGUUACCUAGGCAGUUCUUUAUUGGAGUACUGGAUAUUGCAGGCUUUGAGAUUUUUGAGUACAACAGUUUUGAACAGCUGUGCAUUAACUUUACCAAUGAGAAGCUGCAACAGUUCUUCAACCACCACAUGUUUGUCCUGGAACAGGAAGAGUACAAGAAGGAGGGCAUUGAGUGGGUCUUCAUUGACUUUGGUUUGGAUCUGCAGGCCUGUAUUGACCUCAUUGAAAAGCCUAUGGGAAUCUUGUCAAUUCUGGAGGAAGAGUGCAUGUUUCCAAAGGCAUCAGAUAUGUCAUUCAAAGCCAAGCUAUAUGAUAAUCACCUUGGAAAAUCUCCCAACUUUCAGAAGCCAAGGCCAGACAAGAAGAGGAAGUAUGAAGCACAUUUUGAACUCUGUCACUAUGCUGGAGUGGUACCUUACAAUAUUGUUGGGUGGCUGGAUAAGAACAAAGACCCUCUAAAUGAAACAGUAGUUGGAAUAUUUCAAAAAUCUUCUAACAAGUUGCUAGCCAGCGUCUAUGAAAAUUAUGUGUCAGCAGAUGCAGCACAUCAUGACUCCAAGCCAGGCGUCAAAGAAAAACGCAAGAAGGCUGCAUCUUUCCAGACAGUAUCACAGCUGCAUAAGGAGAACCUGAACAAACUGAUGACAAACCUGCGUUCCACCCAGCCCCACUUUGUCCGCUGCAUCAUUCCCAAUGAAACCAAAACACCAGGUGUUAUGGAUCCAUUUCUGGUACUGCACCAACUCCGUUGUAAUGGUGUGCUUGAAGGCAUCCGUAUCUGUCGUAAAGGAUUUCCAAACAGAAUCCUCUAUGCUGAUUUCAAGCAGCGGUACCGUAUACUGAACCCAGCUGCAAUUCCUGAUGACAAAUUUGUAGACAGCAGGAAGGCAACUGAGAAGCUUCUGAGCUCCCUGGAUAUUGAUCAUAGUCAGUACAAAUUUGGACACACAAAGGUGUUCUUCAAGGCUGGUCUGUUGGGGCAGUUGGAAGAAAUGAGGGAUGAGCGUCUUGCAAAGAUCUUAACUAUGAUCCAGGCCAGAAGUCGUGGAUUGCUUAUGAGAAUUGAAUUCCAGAAGAUGAUUGAGAGGAGAGAUGCCCUGCUUGUGAUCCAGUGGAACAUACGGGCUUUCAACACUGUGAAGAACUGGUCUUGGAUGAAGCUCUUUUUCAAGAUCAAACCCCUCCUUAAAUCAGCAGAAACUGAGAAAGAGAUGGCAAACAUGAAAGAAGAGUUCCUGAAACUGAAAGAAGCCCUAGAAAAAUCUGAGGCUAAGAGGAAGGACCUGGAGGAGAAACAAGUUAGCCUUAUUCAGGAGAAGAACGACUUGUCUCUGCAGCUCCAGGCUGAGCAAGACAAUCUUGCUGAUGCUGAGGAACGCUGUGACCUUCUAAUCAAGGCCAAGAUACAGCUAGAAGCAAAAGUGAAGGAGCUGACUGAGAGACUCGAAGAUGAGGAGGAGAUGAACUCUGACCUCACUGCAAAGAAACGCAAACUGGAGGACGAGUGUGCAGAGCUAAAGAAAGACAUUGAUGAUCUAGAGAUUACAUUAGCCAAAGUAGAAAAGGAAAAGCACGCAACAGAAAACAAGGUUAAAAACCUCGUUGAAGAAAUGGCAGCCCAGGAUGAGGCCAUUGCUAAGUUGAACAAGGAAAAGAAAGCUCUUCAAGAAGCCCAUCAGCAAGCUUUGGAUGAUUUGCAAGCCGAGGAGGACAAAGUCAAUAUUCUCACCAAAGCCAAAGCUAAGCUGGAACAGCAAGUAGAUGAUUUGGAAGGUUCUCUUGAACAAGAGAAAAAGCUACGAAUGGACUUGGAGCGUGCCAAGCGUAAACUAGAAGGUGAUCUAAAAUUAACACAGGAGUCUGUCAUGGACCUGGAAAAUGACAAGCAGCAGCUUGAAGAAAAACUCAAAAAGAAAGAUUUUGAAAUCAGCCAACUUAGUUCAAAGAUUGAGGAUGAACAAUCACUUGUGAUCCAGCUGCAGAAGAAAAUCAAAGAGCUUCAGGCAAGAAUAGAAGAGUUAGAAGAAGAAUUAGAGGCUGAGAGAGCAGCUAGAGCCAAAGUCGAGAAGCAACGUGCUGAGCUGUCACGUGAGUUGGAGGAGCUUAGUGAGAGACUGGAGGAGGCGGGUGGUGCUACCUCAGCGCAGAUAGAGAUGAACAAGAAGCGAGAAUCAGAGUUUCUCAAAUUGCGUCGUGACCUGGAAGAGGCCACCCUGCAUCAUGAGACAACAGCAGCUGCACUCCGUAAGAAACAUGCAGACACCUUGGCAGAGCUAGGAGAACAAAUUGACAGCCUGCAAAGAGUAAAGCAGAAGUUAGAAAAAGAGAAGAGUGAAAUGAAAAUGGAAGUAGAUGACCUUAGUUCAAGUAUUGAGCAGCUCACUAAAAAUAAGGCUAAUGCAGAGAAGUUGUGCAGAACGUAUGAAGAUCAGCUGAAUGAAGCAAAAACAAAGGUGGAUGAAUUACAACGGCAACUAGCUGAUGCAACCUUCCAACGAGCAAGGCUCCAAACAGAAAAUGGGGAAUUGACAAGACUGCUUGAGGAAAAGGAGAGCUUUAUCAACCAGCUUAGCCGGGGCAAGACCUCUUUUACACAAAGUAUUGAAGAACUGAAAAAGCAACUGGAAGAAGAAACCAAGGCCAAAAACGCUCUUGCCCAUGCUCUACAAGCUUCCCGUCAUGAUUCGGACCUACUGCGAGAGCAGUAUGAGGAAGAAGUCGAAGCAAAGAGUGAACUUCAGAGAGCAAUGUCAAAAGCAAAUGCCGAAGUUGCCCAGUGGAGAACCAAAUAUGAAACAGAAGCCAUUCAAAGAACUGAGGAGUUGGAAGAAGCCAAAAAAAAGUUGGCCAUUAGACUCCAAGAGGCAGAAGAAGCAGUGGAAGCAGCAAAUGCAAAAUGUUCUUCACUGGAAAAGACAAAACAUCGCCUCCAAACAGAGAUAGAAGACUUGAUGAUCGAUCUGGAAAGGUCAAACUCCGCAGCAGCUGCGCUAGAUAAGAAGCAACGUAAUUUUGACAAGAUCAUUGCUGAAUGGAAACAGAAGUUUGAGGAAACCCAAGCAGAACUGGAGAGCUCACAGAAGGAGGCUCGUAGCCUCAGCACAGAGCUAUUUAAACUCAAGAAUGCCUAUGAAGAAACAUUAGAUAACCUUGAGACCCUUAAGAGAGAGAAUAAAAAUCUUCAAGAGGAGAUCUCAGACCUGACAGAUCAGAUUGGUGAGGGUGGCAAAACAAUCCACGAACUGGAGAAGGUGAAGAAAGCGCUGGAAAGUGAAAAGACUGACAUUCAGGCUGCACUAGAGGAAGCUGAGGGUGCUUUAGAACAUGAAGAGACCAAAACACUUCGGAUUCAACUAGAACUGUCACAGGUCAAAGCAGACAUUGACAGGAAAAUAGCAGAAAAAGAUGAAGAAAUUGAAAAUCUAAGACGAAACCAUCAGCGGGCAAUGGAAUCCAUGCAGGCAUCACUCGAUGCAGAAGCCAAAUCCAGAAAUGAAGCUGUUCGGUUAAAAAAGAAAAUGGAGGGCGAUCUCAAUGAAAUGGAAAUUCAACUGAGCCAUGCAAACAGGCAGGCAGCAGAGUCACAGAAAAUGGUCCGCCAUCUACAGUCACAUAUAAAGGACCUCCAGCUUGAGCUUGAUGAUAAAAUUCGUGAAAGUGAUGACUUAAAGGAGCAGGUAGCAGUUAUCGAGCGACGCAAUAACCUGCUGCUGUCAGAGGUGGAGGAACUUAGAUCCACCUUAGAACAAACAGAGAGGGGCAGGAAGCUAGCUGAGCAGGAAUUACUGGAAGCAACAGAAAGAGUCAACUUGUUACAUUCACAGAAUACAAGUCUUAUCAAUCAGAAGAAGAAACUGGAAUCUGACCUUGGGCAAAUGAGUAGUGAAGUUGAAGAAGCAUUACAGGAAUGUCGAAAUGCUGAAGAAAAGGCCAAGAAAGCCAUCACUGAUGCAGCCAUGAUGGCCGAAGAGCUGAAGAAGGAACAGGACACCUGUGCUCAUCUUGAGAGGAUGAAGAAGAAUAUGGAACAGACAAUCAAAGACCUCCAAAUGCGCCUAGAUGAAGCAGAGCAAAUUGCACUGAAAGGAGGAAAGAAACAAAUUCAGAAGCUUGAAAGCAAGGUAAAAGAGCUUGAAAAUGAACUGGAGUCGGAGCAGAAGAAGAGCGGUGAAAUGCAGAAAGGCCUGAGGAAGUACGAAAGAAGAAUUAAAGAGCUGACAUACCAGAGUGAAGAAGACAGGAAGAACGUGACUCGUAUGCAAGACUUGAUUGACAAGUUGCAAUCGAAGGUGAAGAGCUACAAACGCCAAGCCGAGGAAGCGGAGGAACAAGCUAAUAACAACUUAUCCAAAUAUAAGAAAGUGCAGCAUGAACUAGAUGAUGCAGAGGAGAGGGCUGAGGUUGCUGAAAUGCAGGUUAACAAGCUGCGCUCUCGAACAAGAGAUGUCAUUACCAAGCAUGAAGAGUGAUGUAUGACAGCAGAUCGUCCCUCCCUUCUUCCUCAACCAUUUCCUGUCAAGUUAAUGGUUUAGUUCUGAAGAUGUUACAGCUGCAACAGCUGGUCACUGUAUUUUUGUCUGUGUAUAAAAGCAACUGUUAAAAACAGUAGUCUUUGUUAAUAAAAGCAUCCAAAAAAUA